UGGGCCCUAGCGAUCAAUAGUGAGGCCAGGGGAGGUGUGCCGGGCCGGGGCGCUCUAGUGCAGGGUCCGGUGCCUCCAGUCCGCCGGUCCGGGAGCCUCGCGUGGAAAUGGGUGAAGCAGGAUUGAAAGGGUCGUAGGCAGCAGGUAGACGGGACCGACAAGAGGCACAGAGCAAGAUUUAGUAGAGGAAGAGUAAGGUUCUGCUAAGGCGAGAUGUUUUCUUUCCACAAGCCGAAGGUCUAUAGGUCGACCACCGGCUGUUGCAUAUGCAAAGCAAAGUCCAGCAGCUCACGCUUCACAGACUCAAAGAAGUAUGAAGAUGACUUUGUGGACUGCUUCAACUUGAAGGAGCGGAGAUCUGGGGAGAUAUGCAAUGCCUGUGUCCUCUUAGUGAAGCGUUGGAAGAAGCUGCCCAAGGGAACUGAUCGCAACUGGCACCAUGUUGUUGAUGCAAGGGCUGGGCCUGGUACAAAAUCUCUCACAAAAUUCAAGAGUAAGAAAAUAAAAAAGAAUUUAGACAAUCCAGAUAAGCCAUUGAAGGAAAAGAUAAAGAAGAAGCAUAGGUAUAUCAGGAAGGUUGGACGGGAGAGAUCUCCUGGAGCUCUAAGUGAUGAUAUUGCUGUAGGGGAUGAGAGAUUAAGUGAUGGGUCUGGUCCUUCUGUGCCUGGCUCCUUAGCUCCUUCCCCCUAUCCCUCUCCCUACCCCUCUGAGGAUGAUGCUGACUCACAAGAUCGCACACUACUCUCAGGAGCUGCCAAGAGGAAGACCAUCCCACCCUCACAGUUCCAGCUUAGCAGCUUUGUUGAUCUAACAUACUGGAAACAGGAAAAGGUGUGCUGUGGUCUUAUCUUUCGAGGGGACUGUGGUGAGGUGCUCAUUGACCCUCGGUUCUUCCACCCAUGCUCAUGCCGCAUGAAGGCGCUGGAGCUUUCCCCAGCCCCCACACCUGCCUCCACUCCCAGGGCCUCAUCAUCUGACGGUGGCAGCAACUACUAUGAUGAUGAAGACUACCAGGACUCUGACUCCCUGGAUGACAGGCUGGACUACUACUCUUCCGUGGGUGGCUCUCCCUCCGGCCCCCUCAUGCCCCAUCUGACAACGGGACUUGCAAGUUAACUAUAGUGUUUAUUAGCUGGCAAAAUUAUGACUAACUACCUAUUAAAUUAUUGGUAGAUGUGUACACUGUACCUUUUUUAUUAUUACUAUUAUUUAGAUACAACAUUUUAAGAAGAAAAUUUCCAUGAUCAAUAUUAGUGUUCUGAAAUUUUUAUUUAUUACCCAUGGGUCCAAGACUUGUAUUUUUCAGGGUUGAUAUGAAAUUUUUAAAAAUAGGAAACAAAAAAAUGUAUGUUUGGCACAGAGCUAGGCUGCAGCCCCUCUCAUCUUUUUUAAGUCUUGUUAUGACAAUCUGUUUCAUGGCAAUACUCGUCUUGCUGCACCAAUCAAGCCGUCCACCUCUGCAAGCAGUUUACCAGUUGUCCACAUUGAAAACUGAAUCAGUUAGUACAUUCAUACAAAACUAUUUUAUAUUACUAUUUUUACCUGUAAAAGAUUUUAUAUAUAUCAGAUUUAGAAGACUUGAUCCUGUACUGCAUUCAGCUUUCAUCAUGUGAACACUCAGUGCAACACAUUCAGUGGAUGUCAAAUCCCAGCUCAGUCUAUGGAAAAUGAAGCCUUGAAGCAAAUCCCAUGCAAGCUUUAAAAUAAACUGAACAGUGUAUGGGUUGUGAGAGGUGUCGUUACCGGUGCUGUGGGUGGUGCUGCUGCUGCUGCUGCUGCUGCUGCUGCUGCUGCUGGCAACGGCGGGUGCGGCAGGACGGUUCUAGGAUCUCCAUAUCAGGGAGUGGGCUCGGCUGCCUCUUGUCCUCAGGUCACAGGGCUCAUGUGCUCAGUCCACCAGUCACUGGCUCCUCUCUUGUCUUGUCAACAACUUUUCUCCCUCAGAUAGAGGAUUUGGCAUCCUUUAUUUUUCUUACCACCUUGAGUACUGCCAUCACUAUGAAUACUACUGGGAGUGGUAGUUACUCUCCUACAUGUAAAAAAAUCUUUGUGAUAUGAAUGUUUCCAGCACAAGUACCUUAGCAGCUGUGGUAAUGGUGGGGCUGGACUGCACUCAGGAAGGUCACCUCCUGUUGGUCUAUGUGGCACAGGCUGCUGCUGUGCCGGUCUGCUUGAGGCCUUUUUUCACAUACAGAGUUAAUAGACAUUUGUCAAGGUGUGGAAUUUGUACAUUUUUGGCAUACGAAAAAUGUAGUGUAAAGCUGUGUAUUAGGAAAUUUGGAAUUAUUUCUGAUAUAUAAAGCCCUAGUGAUGCCUCCCUCAUCCGUGGCUGCAUGCUGAGCCUGUCUCUUCCCAAACCCUUUUUAAAGGCCAGGGCAGUACAAAAUCUAUCUUUGUUUUGUUAAUAAAUAGAAGUUUUGUUGAAUUUCUACUAAGUAGAGAUUCCAUUUUUAAUACAUAAUGCAUAAAAUGAAAUAUUUUUAGGUAAUUAAAUAUUCAUAUUUUUAAUAAUUUUUCAUAUAUGCAUAAUGUGUUGUGCUCAACAUUUUUUCCACAAUGUUUUUUUUUUCUAAUGUGGAGCCAGAUGACUGUGUAACCGACUUGCCUGCCAUAUUGCAAAUUCAGAUGAAUUAAUCCCAAACCUGAGUCUAGUCUUCAAACAUUUUUAAUGUUAAGAACUUGAUAAAAAACAGAAAAUAAAAAAAAAAAAAAUCGAACAGAAGGCCCUCAGUAUUACAAGGUACAAGUUAGUUUCUUUUCUAUUGCCACAGUAUGCGCUUGUUAGCACACAUGAGCGGUGCUGUCCUGAUGCUCGCUGCAAUAUGAAUCUCUGGCAUCCUGGACAGUGACUAGGAGGUAAAUGGGCAAGGUAUCCCCAGGUGACACAAGUUUACCAGGAAGGCAACAGUGCCGUGUACCGAGCUGGUGCAGGCGCUUGUGUCUGCCUGGGGAAACUUUCUAGGAAUCAAUGCAAAAGUCAAACAUCGCUCAGUGCAGGAUUGGAAUAGACUUACAGCUCUCAUUUAUCAAAGUUCUCAGUAAUCCAGGUUGUAUAUUGUUGAUUUUUGCUGAGGGAGCAGCCUCUUUUAGUUCAGUUAUGUAUAUACUAAAUUAUUAUAACUUAUAAUUAUGUAUAUAAAUUUUGACAUGAUCUUUAUUGUUGUAUUGACAUUAAAAAAUUCUUGUGGCUGUUAAUUUGAUAUUGUUUUUAGAGAGUAAUGAGCUAUUGUGAAGGGUUCCAGUGUACUGCACUGAGUCUUGAAAACAUUUUUAGCUCUAAGAGCCAAAACUCUCCCAAAGACUGUGAUUAUUUUCAAUAUGAAGGAUGUUUUAAGAUAAAGUGACAUUAGAGGCAUGUUUUCUAUAAAAAAUGCAAUCUGGAAAAAAAAUUUAUACAUGCAUUGCAUUCCAAAGAUUGUUAAGUGUAUAAAUACUAUUACUAUCCCUUGAGAAUAUUUCCAUUAGACAUGGACCUGACACUUAUUUUAUAUGGUGUCACUGACCAUUGCAUUUCUGAUUUAUGAUAAUUAUUAUUUAUUUUCUAAUUUAAUUCAGGUAUACUACUUAAGUGGGUAAAUUGCAAUGUGACGGGCUUCAGUCACAUAGCAGAUGCCUCUGACAAAGGGCAGGCAUGGCCCCCACCGCUCAAACUGACCACAUGAUCUACAUCAAAACACUUGUUACUGUGCCCUUGUUAUUUUCUGCAGCUGUUAGCGACUACUGCUUUUGUACUUUAGUAACAUAAACCAUAAUGAGUGUGGCUCACAUUACGUGCCCCAGUCAAGAUAAGGCAAGUGAGAUGGGCCAGACUUGGAGGCUGCAGUGUGGUCAGCAUGAGGGGCGGGAGAAAGCCUCCGUCGUGGCGUUGGCACAAAUGAGUCUGCAACUGUACAAAGUGCUGUAAUUCAUGUGACAGUGCUCUUUGUUACCAAUACUCCUUCACAAUACAUUUGUUUUAAAAUGUGUGUGAAUAAAUGGUCUUCAAAAUGUGAUAUAUGUAUAUCUGGGUAUGUGUAACAUGGAUUUAUAUAUAUUGCUAAAUUAAUAACGAUUUUCAUACAUGGAAACAUGAUAGCUCACACAUACACUUCUGAUUUACACUGGCUGAUAUUUAUAUAUGUAUAUCAAAUUGCUAUAUUAGGUUGUAUUGAAAGUAAUAUAUUUAAAGAAAAGACCUGUACUUGGACUAGAGCACUUUCUAGGGGUAACAGCUGCAGCAAGUUUCCUACUACAUCUCAUAAGUACCUGGGAGGAGUCGGGGCGAUCACUGUAGUUGAUAUUUGUAAAAUGAAUGGCUGCAGUUGGGAGUGGUAUGAGUGUAUCCAGGGUAACCUGUUUGCUCAUUCAAUCAGGUGUCACUGUUGUAGCUCAUGUGAUAACCAGAACUUGGAGCUGUGAAUUUUUCGCUUUUAUUGUCGCCCGGAUCCUCGUGGGUGUGUAUGGAUGGUCAGAGGACAGUCAGAGAACAGGUUCUCUCCUUUGUUAACAGUUGUUUUGUAUAAUGACAAAAAAUCCACAUAUAAGCUUGUUUAUUUAUAAGCUUAAGUGUGUCCAUUUCUCUGUUCACUUAUUUAAUGUUCUGUAGUUGUGAAUGUAGUUAUCCUUUGAAAGUUCAGUACAAUAAAGUAUUGUCUAUUA